AUGGAAGUCGAAUCGACCCCUCCGGCAGGGAUCACACCUCCGAAGCAGCCGUCGACCUCGCCGUCGCAACAUUCCACUACUCCGUCGGCGUCGGCAGGUACGACCACAACGACGACAACGGCUGGUCACAUAAGUUUCAGGAGACAACGGGCUUCAAGAGCAUGUGAGACAUGUCAUGCCCGCAAAGUCCGCUGCGAUGCUGCCAGCCUUGGCGUCCCGUGUACGAAUUGUGUUGCUUUUCAGAUCGAAUGCCGCAUCCCAACCCCGAAGAGGAAGAAGGCGCAGAACGCCGCUGUGCAAUCGAGAGAUUCGGACAGCGACCGGGGAGAUCAGGACGACCGAUCAUCUCUUCCGCCUGGCGCAGCCGCCUUUCCGAACGGGACCCGACCGCCGGCUGUCUAUCACACCCACGAAGGUACCCCAUCAGUUGCCAACACGGAGGUCGAGCAACAGAAGAAGGACGAGUUCGACAACGCGGCACUUGCCAGUUACAUGAACCUCGUCAUGAAGCCCAAGUUCACGCGCGCGCCAAUUACCGAAGCCGGGAGGGUGGCCUACCUGGGCGAAUCAUCCAACCUCACACUCCUGGUCCACGACCGCCAAAAUGCUGGCGAUGUGGUACACUACCCCUUGCCCGAGAACAUCAGGGGCUCGAGGGCGCGCUUGACCGAGCUGGACAACGUCGAGAUCGACAUCUUGCACCAGCGAGGUGCUUUCCUCCUACCACCACGGGCUCUCUGCGACGAGCUGAUCGACUCCUACUUCAAAUGGGUCCAUCCCAUCGUUCCUGUGAUCAACAAGACGAAGUUCAUGCGUCGCUACAAGGAUCCAAAGAACCCCCCGUCUUUGCUCCUGCUGCAGGCUAUGCUGCUGGCUGGCUCGCGCGUGUGUACCAAUCCACAGCUGAUGGAUGCAAACGGCUCGUCAACACCAGCUGCGUUGACCUUCUAUAAGAGAGCCAAGGCCUUGUACGACGCGAACUACGAAGACGACCGAGUCACGAUCGUACAGUCUCUCUUGUUGAUGGGCUGGUACUGGGAAGGACCAGAGGACGUCACCAAGAAUGUCUUCUACUGGACUCGCGUCGCCACCAUCGUUGCGCAGGGCUCAGGGAUGCACCGGAGCGUGGAGGGAUCGCAGCUCAGCAAGUCGGAUAAGAGGUUAUGGAAGCGGAUCUGGUGGUCCCUAUUCACGAGAGAUAGGUCCGUGGCUGUCGCGCUGGGCCGGCCGUGUCACAUCAACCUUGACGACUCGGAUGUUGAAAUGUUGACAGAGGAUGACUUUAUCGAAGACGAACCCGAUCAACCCAGCGACUAUCCUCCGGACCCUAUCCACGUACAGUUCUUUCUGCAGUACGUCAAGCUGUGCGAGAUUAUGGGGCUAGUUCUCUCCCAACAAUAUUCGGUCGCAGCAAAGGGACGACGGCACAAUCCCAUUGACCUGACACACAGCGACAUGGCCCUUGCCGACUGGCUCUCAAACUGUCCCAAAAUUGUGUAUUGGGAGAUGCCAAGGCAUCACUUCUGGUCUGCCUUGCUCCAUUCGAAUUAUUACACCACCCUCUGUUUGCUACAUCGGGCACACAUGCCGCCAACCGGCUCGCACAGAUUUCCGGAUGAAUCUGGGUAUCCGUCCAGAAAUAUCGCCUUUCAGGCGGCUGCCAUGAUCACAUCAAUCAUCGAGAACCUUUCGGCCCGUGGGGAGCUACGGUAUUGCCCGGCUUUUGUCGUCUAUAGCUUGUUCUCGGCUCUCAUCAUGCAUGUGUAUCAGAUGAGGUCACCAGUUCCCUCCAUCCAACAGGUGACGCAGGACCGGAUACGGACGUGCAUGGGCGCACUGAAGGACGUCUCCAAGGUCUGGCUUGUGGGGAAGAUGGUCCACACGCUGUUCGAGUCUAUUCUUGGAAAUAAGGUCCUGGAAGAGAGGCUACAGAAGGCGGCCGGCAAAAGACACCGCAAGGCACAGCAGAGUUUAUCGUAUCUGGAGCAGCAGCAGCAGCAGCAGCAACAGCAACAGCAACAGCAACAACUACAUCCGCGCUACAUGCACGAGCAGAAACGCAAAUAUGAUGAUAUGGCCAUCGACUUCAGUAUGAGCACUCCUCAGCCGCCAGAAUCGUAUGAGCGCUCAAGGCCGCAGACACCGAGCGCUGCGACCAAGAACGAACCGGCGUCUGGUACGAUGCCGCCUCCUACCAACGCAUCGCCGCAUGCGCGGAACGGCGAUACGUUUAUGGGAGGGACAGCAUCGCGGCCCCACACGCGACCAGCAAGCCCUUUCCAACCGUCUUUCUCAGUGCCAGCGACACCUCCCGAUCUGUACCUUGUCACGAGAAACUCACCGAACUUGUCUCAGUCAAUCUGGGAAAACUUCCAACCGGAUCAGCUGUUCCCAGAGAGCGUCAACGUACCGCUGUUUCAACCACUGUCACCUUCUCAACCGCACCAGACCCUCGACUCGCACACGAUGGCGCAGAUGCACGGCCAAAAUAUGCAGGGACAACCCGCCGAUGGCGGACAGAGCUCGUUCGGCCAGGGCAUGGCGAAGAGGGGAAUGGGCGGGAGCCCAUUGCAGCAGAAUGCCAUGCAGCCCAACAUGGCUGGAUUCCAGGGCCAAGGCCAGCAAGGCGGCAACUUAUGGAACGGCUUCGACGCGCCCAUGGUCGACGGGCAGAGUCCUAGUGAUAGCUGGAGCACGAGCUCGGUACAGGGCCUGCCUGUGCCCACGGCGCUUAAUGUGGAGGACUGGUUCCAAUUCUUUGGUAUAAACGGCGACCCCCUGCAGAUGAACAUGGAUGGUGUUCCUAUAGUCUAG